CUUCCGGUUCCUCUAUCCCGAACCACAGAGAACAUUCGUAACUUACAGCAAGUAUAAAGUCUGGGACUGCUAGGACACGCUAUAUAUUCUCUUUGUUUUGUCUACAACUAGUACACAACGCGCUAUGCUCCCUCGACUAUCCCGUACUUUGCGUGCGACACCUUUACAUCUUCUCCGUAGAGGAUUUCUUUCGUCUUCAGCCCCUCUCGUACGGACCCGACCGAUAAGUGCACACAAAUACACGCCCAUCUCGUCACCACGACACUUUUCGUCAUACCUACCUCGGCAAGCACGCUAUAAUCGCUUUGGAGACUCGGGAGGACAAUCCGGAGGAGGUCCAGGAUUCCAGUCUUCGCCGAACACUGCACAGACUGUGGUGAUUGGGAUGUCUAUACUCGCGGGUACAUACUAUGUCGCACAUCUAGAGCGCGUUCCGGAGACAGGUCGAUGGAGGUUCAUGGAUAUUAGCCCAAAGUAUGAAGCAUCCCUAGCAGAAGCCACCAACCAACAAGUCCUACAAGAAUUUAAAGGUCGCAUGCUCCCUCCAAAUCACCCUCUCACUCGCCACAUCCGAAAUGUUGUCUCCAGAAUCCUCGAAGCAAAUCAUCUCGGCUCCCUAGCAGACACACCACGGGUCGCACCUCCAUCAGCCAUGGAAGUGCUUUUUGGCAUGGGUAAUCCUCCGGACGGUGCUUGGGACCCGGAUGCAACGCCACAUCCUCGAGAGGGCCAGGCAAGUGGAGAAGGAUCGGCGAUUGGACCUAAUAGGAGAUGGAACCUGGUGGUGGUGAAAGAUGAUAAGAUGGUUAACGCGAUGGCGACGCCUGGGACUAUCAUCGUGUUCACCGGCAUCCUCCCCGUCUGCAGAGACGAACAGGGACUUGCCGCUGUUCUUGGUCACGAGAUUGCUCACGUAGUCGCGCGACAUAGCGCCGAAAGCUACUCAUAUGGCAAAGUCCUGAUUUUCAUGGCCUUAUUACUCGAUUCUCUGAGCAUCUAUGGUGGGUUCUCUGCGUUGCUGAGGACGUUCCUCCUGGAGCUUCCACGGUCGCGCAAACAGGAGCUUGAAGCGGACACGAUUGGCCUGCGACUGAGUGCGAAAGCCUGCUAUGACCCGACCGCUGCUCCAAGCAUGUUCGCGCGUCUCGCCGAACUAGAAAAGAGGCAGAGCGGUAGCCUGAGCAUCGAUUUCCUGCAGACUCACCCUGCAUCGGACAAACGGGUCAAGUUGCUCGAAGCCCAGCUACCAGAGGCGUUCGACUUACAAGCUCGGAGCUCGGAGUGUGCUGGCGUAGCGGAUAAGCUGGCUGCAUUUAGAGAUUCAUUUAGCGGUAGUAGUCAAGGAGGAGCUGUCUGGUAGAACUCUGGACUCUACCUCAGGCUUGGCUUGAGUGAUCCUAACACUACUUUAACUGAUAUGCGUUUAAAUUGAAGACGUUGGAAUGGCACUCGGGUUAUCUAUUGUACCCACCACAGACUCACGCACAUUGUACUUCACUCUACCAGUACCGAUCUCUGCU